AUGGCCAGCUGGGCCUUGGAGCUGCUCGGCUUCUCCCUGGGCCUGCUGGGCUUAGUUGGGACGUUAAUCGCCACCAUCCUGCCCCACUGGUGGCGCUCGGCGCACGUGGGCGCCAGCAUCAUCACGGCGGGGACCAUCAUCACGGCGGUGGCCUACGCCAAGGGGCUGUGGAUGGAGUGCGUGUGGCACAGCACCGGCGUCUACCAGUGCCAGCUGCACCGCUCGCACUGCGGAGUGGUGACGGAUUUCUACGACCCCACGCUGCCCGCCGGGGUGAAGUAUGAGAUAGGGCAGGCUCUUUAUCUGGGGUUUGUCUCCUCGGCCUUCAGCAUCUUGGGUGGGGCCUUGCUGUGCACGCCGUGCCUCGGGGAGCGGGCGCCUUCCCAGCCCGGAGCGCCUCCGUCCUCCAGGCCACCGAGCGCCUCCAAGGGCAGCCACGCUCCUUCCCUGACAUCUGCGUCCCACGGCGGCUACAGGCUCAGCGACUACGUGUGAGUUCCCCCGGAUCUGCCUGGGGAAUUCCGCGUGUGGCACCAGGGAACUCGGAACUGAUGGUGACGUUUGUCGCUGUGUAUUCCUUCCCGGAGGAGGAAAGGAUGUGGGUGCAGAACUGCAAAACCAGGGAACUCAGAACUGAUGCUGACGUUUAUUGUUGUGUAUUCCUUCAAUUUCUUCCUGGAGGAGGAAAGGAUGUGGAUGUAGAACUGCAAAACCAGGGAACUCAGAACUGAUGCUGACAUUGCAUAUUCCUCCCCUUUCUCCCCAG